AUGGAUUCUCUUACGACCCAUCCUUCUACCGCGCAGCAGGCCCGGGCCUUCACUUCCCCCGCUUCUCUGUCCUUCCCCGGUGGUGCCGGCGAUCUGACUCCGCCUUCCGAUAAAGACGGAAACAUGGCGAUGGCUCAGGGUGCGAAUGGGAUGAUGAACGGUCAGCAGCAGGGAGGAAAUGCCACUAAUGGCAACGGGGUGGCGCCCGCAACUCCAGCUGCGACUCCCGGUGCCAACACUCCGGGAAGUGGCAUUGUGCCUACGUUGCAAAACAUUGUCGCGACGGUCAACCUUGACUGUCGUCUGGACUUGAAAACGAUCGCACUCCACGCAAGAAAUGCGGAGUACAACCCUAAGCGUUUCGCGGCCGUGAUCAUGCGUAUCCGAGAGCCGAAGACGACCGCUUUGAUCUUCGCCUCGGGCAAGAUGGUGGUUACUGGUGCCAAGUCGGAGGAUGACUCCAAGCUGGCUUCCAGAAAGUACGCGCGUAUCAUCCAGAAGCUUGGUUUCAAUGCCAAGUUCACGGAUUUCAAGAUCCAGAACAUCGUGGGUUCUUGCGAUAUCAAGUUCCCCAUCCGCCUGGAGGGUUUGGCCAGUCGCCAUCACAACUUCAGUUCCUACGAACCUGAGUUGUUCCCCGGUCUUAUCUACCGCAUGAUGAAGCCUAAGAUCGUGCUGCUUAUCUUCGUCAGUGGAAAGAUCGUCCUCACUGGUGCUAAGGUCCGUGAGGAGAUCUACCAGGCGUUCGAACUGAUCUAUCCUGUGCUUUCGGAUUUCCGUAAAGUCUAA